UGCUAAUUAUUAACGAUCACAAGUUCAUCUCAUUUGACGUUUGUUAUAUUUAAGAUGUUUGACGCGUAAUUUAAUAAGUUUAGUUGUGCGUUGGACGUAUAUGUUGUAAAAGGGCUCGCGUAUUAGUUGCCGAAUAUUCAAUUCAAUUGUUAAAUACGACGAUGGCUGAAAUCAAUGCCAGAAGAGAAGCGAGAAGACGACGAAUAUUAGAAAACUCAGAAAGUCGUCUACGCAGAAUUACAGGAAGAGAUAAUCCGGAUGAAAUUAGUGGUAAUAUAGAUUCACAAGUGAAAAGUGACAAUCCUAAAGAAUGGAAUUUUCAAGAGGAUGUCAGAAAUGGUAUAUGCAACAUCGCUAACAACACGAAAUUGCAAGAUUACAAUAUUACACAUGAAAAUACAAAAUUCGAUGAUGAACAUGAAAGCUUUUUGAAUGAUAAUGAUACAAGCGAUAAUGAUACAUUCACAUCUGAGCAACCAUCCAAGUCAAAAUCUAUGUUACAUACAUUAUUACUCAAUCGUAUCAAUUUUGUCUUCCUAGCUGGGAUUGUCAAUAUUUUAUUAGUACUGAACCUGGAUAAGUUAUUUGGGCAGACAGUUAUUAUACCUUAUUUAUUAUUGAUGGUAGGACGUUUAUAUAGCUGUACAACAUUAUACGAAGCACGAGAUGGCACUUUAUUAAUUGCCGCAUUGAUAUUGUGCAAUGUCAAACCCAGAUUAAUUCAUAUAUUCAAAGUAACAUACACGUUAUUCACUGUAAUCCUUAAUGAUUUUGGUUUAUAUAUGUUUAGCUUUGUAUUGAUACGCUAUGCUAUUAGUUACUAUUACUAUAAUGAUAUAGUACCAAGAAAUGUAUAAUUAUUUAUACUGAUUGAUUGAGUAAAGUGGAAUUCUGUUGUUGGGAAUUUUGUACAAUAGCAGGGGAUGUUAUUAGAAAAGUAUAAAUUCUGAUAUAUACUGCAUUAUUCAAAAAUAUGCAGCUUGUAUAAGAUUUUUUGCAUCUUCAGCAUGUGACAAUGAAUAACCAAGCACAUAUGAAGACACAUUAGUUUUCUUAAAAUAUAUGUAAUUAUAAUAAAUAUAAUUUUAAAAUAAAUUUUAUACAUAGAUGUAAUGAUGUGAUAUUAUGUAAUGUCUUUACAAUUCAUAUUUAUGUCAAUGUUGUACAUUCACAAUUUUUAAGAUCUCUUAUUAUUAAAGUUAUUUAAGUGCUUUGAUAGGAUUAUGCAAAAUAAAGUACAAUUGAUUAAUUACAA